AUGUCUACCAACCCCCGCUUCGACCCCAACUUCACUCCCUAUGUGGUUAACGCCAUGGGGCCCAACACCCCUGACCGCGCUCGCGUGGUCUUGGGAUCCUUGAUCAAGCACAUCCACGACUUCGCUCGCGAGGUCGAGCUCACACCGGCUGAGUGGAUGCUCGGUGUCGAGUUCAUCAACUCCAUUGGCAAAAUCAGCACACCCAUUCGCAACGAAUGCCACCGCAUCUGCGACGUGAUCGGCCUGGAAUCUCUCGUUGACGAAAUCGCCAACCGCAUCAUCACCGAACAAGGCCUCUCCCCUACCUCCAAUGUCAUCCUCGGCCCCUUCUGGUCGCCCAACGCUCCCUUCCGCGACCUCGGCGAUUCCAUCAUCCAAGACACCAACCCUGAGGGCCGAGUUACAUACAUGCACGGUGUGCUUAAGGAUAUGGAGACCGGUGCCCCUAUUGAAGGCGCCGUCCUCGACAUCUGGCAAGCGUCUGCCAACGGCCAGUACGACUUCCAGGACCCCAAGCAGAGCGAGAACAACCUCCGCGGCAAGUUCCGCUCCAACGAGAAGGGCGAGUUCUACUGGUACUGCUACCACCCUACGCCCUACUCUCUGCCCACCGAUGGACCCGCUGGUGUACUUCUGAACAUCAUGGACCGCUCACCCAUGCGCCCUGCUCACAUCCACUUAAUGAUCACCCACCCCGACUACGCCACCGUUAUCAACCAGAUCUACCCCUCCGACGAUCCUCACCUCGACAUCGACUCCGUCUUUGCGGUCAAGGACGACUUGGUUGUCGACUUCAAGCCCAAGACUGGUGACCCCAAGGCCUCGCUGGAUCUCGAAUACAAUGUCAAGAUGGCGCUCAAGAAGCACCACCCCAACCCCAACUCCGCGCCUCCCGUUUCAUCAUUUGAGCGGUUCAACAAGGCCACCAAGGAGAAACUGUGA